GAUAUGUUCAGCGCAGCCCGCUCCUCAGGGUUUACUUUAAGACGGGACUCCAAGAACUUCACUUUCGGCUUUUUCUAUUAAAGGACCAAUGUUGGUAUUUCAUGUGAACAGUGUUACAUUUAUUUCAAACACCGUCUCAGGUUUUUGAGGGUGGUUUUAUCUGGCAGUGAAGUGAAGAGGCAGAGUUUCUUCAAGAGUUUCUCUCAACUUUAAAUCCCGGUCUUUAAGCCAUGGCGUGCGAAGUGAACGGUAUGUCGGAUGCGAGGAUAGGAGAAGCCCUGAUCAUAGAGAUCAUAGAGGUGGAGCUGAAGGACAUGCCCCCAGAGGAGGUCCCGCCCCUCACUCCGCUCACUGCCAGAGUAGAGAGUGAGCAGGAGCAGAGGCUGGUGACUCAGCUGGCCAAAAUGGUGUGCAUCAUCGGGGACCGGGUCGCAGGCGACCAGGAGCUCCGAGAUGUGAUAGAUGGGAUCGCUGUUUCCUCCGGCUCUAAGCGAGACAACUUUAAGAUGGUGGCCGACAAAGUGUUUGAGCAUGGGAUCACCUGGGAGAGGAUCGCUGUGCUCUUCUACGUCGCCGGCAAGCUGGCUGUGAAGAUGGUGGAGGCUCAUCUCCCCGAGUCAGUGAUGGAGAUCCUGAGAUGGACUGUGGAUUUCUUCAAAAAGCAUCUACUAGCCUGGAUUCGGGAUCAAGGAGGAUGGAUCUACAGCUUCCCUGAGCUGGCCCAGUUGUCCAUGCAGAGCGUGUCCAUGAUGAGCGCUCACAGCUACGGCCUCGUCCUCAUCUUCGUCGCCGGCCUGGCUAUAGGAAGCAUCAUCACCUGGAGACUAAGCAGAAACUGAGGCACACACACACACACACACACACACUUUGCGACAUCUUCACUGCAAGACAGUUUGAGUGUGUGUGAACGGGGUAGCAAGAGGUAGGUCACAAUAGCGUGAUGCAGUGAUAAGUCCUAAACCCACAAAUCCAAUUUGAGCACUUUCGGGUUCCCUCGUCUGUUAGUCAACGUCUUUUUAAUUCAUGUUUGGUUAGAUGCCUUAAAUGGGGCGAAGCCUGCGAGCUAGUUCAGGCAGUCAACUCGAGCACUUAUGCUGCAUUCAUACAUAACGCCCCCUUGCCACUCUACAACCAACCAAACAGAGUCUCCUUAAUAUGCCGCUCUAUUUAACCUGCCAGAUCUCUCUCCAUGCAUUGCUUGAUGCUGCUAUUGCUGCAGCUACCUCUACGUCGCUGCUGCCCCACCACCACCCCAGCUUCCACCCCAGCUUCCACCUGUAGGCUCGGGGGUUAGUUAUUUGAUCAUCACUCAUCGGUGCUAUGUAUAUCUAUGGAGUGAUGAUGCCCGAGCCUAGACGCCAAACUCAACUAUAUGCUGCUUCUAAUAAACAUGUUAAAGAAACACGUGAGUUGUCUGACUGAAAUAAGAUCUGUGAUUAACACAAGCUGAAGAGAUGUUUUGUUCUACGACCUAAAAUACACGAGUAACUAUAUGGUGAAUGUCUGAAGCUGUUACAUUUCUUGAAAAUGGUAGUUGCUAUCGAGUGGCUAAAUUAGGCUCCUAAAGGCAGAAUAUUAGCCGCCUUUCGCUUAGCGUUGGUGACGUGAAGUCCUGCGACAGUGUAGUUCUUUUAUAGCAUUACAUUAGCUUUUUUAAUUCUGUCGAUUGCGUUUGCGCUUCAAGAAUCAUAAAAUGGUUUUAAUAUGUGGAGAUUAUCCAGCUGAUUAAAACGAAAUGUUGUGUUUUCCAGUGUUCUUAUUUUUUGCAAUAUUCCAAAAUUGAGUCAUGACGAUGCUUACUUCAAGGUCGGCCUGCAAAAAUACGUCAUCACUGCUUCGCUCGAUAUUGACACAAAAGUAAUUCUGUGCUUUUACCAAAUAGAUCAGAGCGGUUGUCAUAUCAUGUCCUGAUGUUGCCAUGAGAUGCCAUCCACACAGGCUACCUUCUCUAAUGUUCAUCUAUGCAAACUUGAAAGAAUUAGUAUCAGAAUGUCAACCUCACCCUGAAGCUUUAUACCAGACCAAAUAACACAUCCUACUCAGGUAUCUCAUGUUUAGAUGUCUUUUUUUUUCUAAUAUACAGAAGGCUUCCAUCUUCUUGUAGAGAUAUGGAUCUUUAGUUCGGCUGAGUGACAGCAGUUUAUUCAGUAAUAAACAUUUCAUUAUCUUAAGGGAGCAUUUCCAUUCACGUAUACAACACUGUGCCUCAGGUAGAAACUGUAUUCAAUGUUAAUGAUAACCUGGAUUAUUAAAUAAUAUAAUAAUAAUUCACAAAUAAAAUAUCAGUAAAAGAUGUAAAUAAUUACUCUAUUUAUAUAAGUCUAUUUUUGACAUAUUGAUUUAAUGUUUAACGCAAAUAAUCUUAGUCCUUGAAAAAUGGUGCCCUUCAAUAAGUAAACCAUGAUGUAACAUGAUGUAUUCCACUGGUUUACUGUUAUGGUGAUUUUACAGUUUAUUUGCACAAUAAAAAACCUCAAGUUAAAUGACUUUAACACGGGCAGAUACAGGUUCCUUCUGUCAUUGGAGAAUCUUAAGAAAAAAUGUGUGCAUGUGAACUUUUACAUUUAACAAGUGUGAAUUGCACUUGUUGCCUUUGUAUGGGAGCUGUGGUGUAAAGUACUUUUACUUUUGGUACGUUUGAUUGUUAUACUUUUGUACUUUUACUUGAUUCCAAGACUUUGACUUGUAACAGAGUAGUCUUGUUUUUCCACAAGUACAAGAUCGGAGUACUUCUCCCACCUCUGUAUUGGAGAUUACAAAUAAAAUCAUGGACUUCAAAGAUUCUAAAUUCUUA